CGCGGCGCGCUUCGCGCGCUUUAUUCGAAUCGAUGUUUUAAAUUGUUCGAAAUUCGAAGUUUCAAUCGAAGUUUAUCGAUGUUUUUUUUAUCUGUGUAAACUCAGUGUGUGUUUUUUUUGAGUUGCCAGUAUUUAACGCGAGCAUCGGUAAAGUCGAUUAAUAGAGAGUGUGCGAAAUGGUUAUGGAAUCGGCGCAACCCACGGGGCGGUUCUGGCCGCUGUCGCCGCGGCUCUGGAGACGCAGCAGCGAAUACUCGAAGGUGGUGUUCGAGCCGAGGAAACCUCCCCUGUCGCCUAUCGAAAUACGGAAGCAUCGAAUCGACGAGACGCCGGAUCUGUUGCGAACGAGGAAUAUCAUCAGUCGUUUGGAGCAUUUAAAUUUGUACGUUGAUAAUAUAAAAGAGCAGAAGGCAGCCAAGGAUGACGGGCAAGGUGAUGAGGUGAAGCUGAGGUGUAAGAAGCGGAGGGAGCCGAGACCCAACAGUCUGCAGCUGUUGUUGUGUCCUUCCAGCUCGGGGCACUAUAGCAGCAACACAUGGCGCUACACCCGGGUUCGGUCGAAGAGUCAUGAGCCGGAAGGUGGCGGGCGGUGCGGCGAGGGGCCGCUAGCGCGCGCGAUGCAGCCCGCGUCGCCGAAGCGGCAUGCGCCGGCGCAGACGCACGGUACAUCCCAAGACCCGAGCACGCUGAAGGUCCACCUGCCAAAUGGUGGUUUCAACGUGGUCCGCGCCUCGGCUGAUGAGGACGUGCGCUCCGUGAUCCGGUGCCUCGCGGCGAGGCUCGCGGCGGGCGAGCGCGUGUACGCGUCAUGCUUCGCCUUGAGGGCGCGGCGGUUGACUACCGGCAAGAUACGAUGGAUCCACCAAGACACGCCGGUGUCGGAGCUGCUCGCCAAGUGGCCGGCGAGCGAGUGGCGGCUCGAGCUGCGCGUGCGCUACCUGCCCGCCAACCUGCGCGACCUGUGCGACUCGGACCGCGUCACCUUCCAUUAUUAUUACGAUCAGGUGCGACAUGACUACCUCAAUGCUAACCAUCCGAUGGUCGACCAUGACUUGGCGAUACAGAUAUGUUGCUUGGAGAUCAAAUACUUCUGCAAGGACAUGCAAAUAUCCAUGGACAAGAAGUCGAACAUCGAGUAUUUGGAGAAGGAGUUUGGCUUGCACAAGUUUGUGCCCAAGUCCGUGCUCGAUGCGAUCAAACCCAAGGUGCUGAAGAAGUCCAUACAGCAGCAGUUUAAGAAGGUGGUGGGCCACCUGAGCGACGCGGACUGCAUGCUGAAGUACGUGGAGACGAUGCACACGCACUACGGGUACGACCGCGAGACGUUCACGGCGGCGCUCGGCUCCGGCUGGGCGAUACCCGUCGAGCUCGCUAUCGGACCCGAUAUCGAUAUAUCGUACGUGUCGCACAAAGCGGGCGAGCCGCCGACGUACACGAAGAUAGCGUCGUUCAGCGACAUCAUCGCCGUGCAAACGCUCAAGUCCAACUGCACGCAGCAAUCGCAGACGCAGAGCGGUUCGUCGUGCGGCAAAGCGGCGCUGCAGCUGCGGGUCAAGGGCGCCAGUGAAACGUUAACGAUCACGUGCAGCAGUGUCGAUGCUGCAGAGAGUUUAGCGGACCUGGUCGACGGUUACUGCCGACUCGUGACCGACUCGCAGACGUCGCUGUGGAAUAGAACUACUACCGUGUGGAAACAACUCAACUGCCAAUGUAAAACGGAAAUGAGCAGCAGCUCGUCGGAGGGCAAGACGAGCUCGUGGGAGGGGAACAGCGCCACGCUGCUGUCCGAGGACUACGCGGAGAUCGUGGACGACGACGCGGACUACUCCACGCCGGCCGUUCGCGAUUACGAGUUGGUUCGCAAUCAAAUAGAAUUGACUGGCAUCAUUGGGGAGGGGCAGUUCGGUGAUGUUCACAAAGGUACAUGUAAAGUGACAUCGGCCAACCACCCGUCGCUGCGUCGCCAGCUCGCCAUACAGAAGCAGCAGGGCAAGACUCCGACCGGGGAGUAUGUUCUGCCGGUGGCGGUGAAGACCUGCAAGAUGGACGCCGAUUUAGAUACAGCCGAGAAGUUUCUCGAAGAGGCCUAUAUAAUGCAGCAGUUCUCGCACCCGCACAUCAUCGGGCUGGUGGGCGUGUGCAGCGCGCCGCCCAUCUGGAUCGUCAUGGAGCUCGCCACGCUGGGCGAGAUGCGCGCCUACCUGCAGCAGAACGCGCACAGGCUGGAGACAUGCACCCUAGUCCUAUACAUCUACCAAUUGUCGACUGCCCUCAGCUAUUUGGAAAGCAAAAAAUUCGUGCACAGGGACAUAGCCGCGAGAAAUGUACUAGUCUCGACGCCUACGUGUGUUAAGUUAGCGGAUUUCGGCCUAUCAAAGAUGGUAGAAGAUAAGUCAUACUACAAGGCGUCGCGCGGGAAACUUCCCAUCAAAUGGAUGGCACCUGAGUCUAUUAACUUCAGAAGAUUUACCUCUGCUUCGGAUGUAUGGAUGUUUGGCGUGUGCAUGUGGGAGAUCCUGAUGCUGGGCGUGAAGCCGUUCAGCGGCGUGAAGAACAACGACGUGAUCGGCAAGCUGGAGAACGGCGAGCGGCUGGCGCUGCCGCCGCGCUGCCCGCCGCGCCUCUACUCACUCAUGUCGCGCUGCUGGGCCUACGAGCCCUCCCACCGCCCCUCCGCCUCGCACCUCAAGGAGACGCUCUUCGAGAUCCUGCAGGAGGAGCGCAGCACGGCGUGGGACACGAUGCGGCGCGAGAACCGGCGCGUGGCCGCCGCCUCGUGGGGCGACCUGCCGCCGCCCAAGCCCUGCCGCCCGCACAACCACCUCGCACCAGCGGAGUCGUCGAGCCCGGGCGGGCCGCAGACGUACAUCGUGGCGCAGAACCCGCUCGUGCUGGCGCACCUGCUGCGCGAGAACCAGGCGCGGCCGCUGCACCCGCAGGCCUACAACACGCCCGCCUCGGUAUUCAACACGGUCGCCGUCGACUUCGCGCAAACUCUACCGGAGAACGAGAUCGAAAAGAUCGCCAACCCCAAACCGGACGAGGUCAUCGACGUCCCGCUCCACACCGCCCCCAUCCCCGCCGACAAGCUGCACCGGCUCGACCCCGUGGCGCCGCCGUCCCCUCCCCCCGCGCCGUCCUCCCCGCCCUCUAUGCUUUUAAAGACGCUUCUUCAAAAAUCUUAA